AUGUCAAUUAGUGAAUCAGAAAACAACGACUCGAUAUCAACGACAGCACUAGAGAGGCAGCACGAUGUCAGAGCCGAUUUAAAUGACAUAGAGGAACUAAAUAAUCAGCGUUUAGAAAGUCUUAAAAAAUUAAAUGAUAAUAAAAGCUUUGGCUGUUUUCAUAUACGAGCAUGUUUGGUGUCUG